AUGGCCGUCCGGGCUUUGGUCCACGUUCCGCUUCUUUUUCUCGGCUCUCUCUGCGGAGUCGCUUUCGGAGCAACGACUCAGGAUGCAGUAAAGGUGGAGAUUCUCUAUGAAUCGAAAUGUCCCUUCUGUUUCUCAUGGCUGAAGGAGGAACUGCACCCCGUUGUUGAACAGCUCGGCGCGGACGUUCUCCAAAAAGCGAACAUCGUCUUCGAUCCUCUGCCUUUUGGAAACGCCAAGGAAAUCUCUGACGGCAAAGGAGGCUUCACCUUCGAGUGUCAGCAUGGGCCAACGGAGUGUUACUUGAACAAAGUCGAGGCGUGCGGGCUGAGUAUCAUUGGCCGGGAGAACAUCAAGCAGUGGUCAGACUGGCUUCUUUGUGUCGAAAAGUCUACGGCGUUCCCGCCCGACCAGCCCGCUGUCUCUUCGGCCUCGGCCCUCUCGACCGCGGAGCCGCCGCUGCUUCUCGGGCAGCGACUCGUUCAGCAGACUCGCUUUGCCCUCCCUUCGGUUUCCUCCCCCGCCCGUUCGCCUUCCGCCGCGGCUGCCUGGUUCGCUGGAUUGUCUCCGCUGAGGCAAGAACAGAUCAGGCAGGCGCUUGGCAGCGUGCGUUCCUCUGCGGAAGUUCCGCGAGCUCCUGACGCCGGCUCCGUGAAUCUGGACGAGACGCCUGGCGAGAAGGGAGACAAGGCAGAGGGCGAGGAAGGCGCGCGGGAGGAAGAUGAGAAGACAGCUGCGCUUCGGGAGGACAACAAGUACGAAUGGGUGCUCUGUCCGGUGCCUACGCGCACCGCGUUUUCAGACCUCCUCAAGAUUAUUGUCUGCUCGGAGACUCCCACGGGCGACAAGCUUGUGCAUGCAGCCGCUGCGCGGACAGGCAAACACGACUACGUCCCGUGGAUCCGCAUCAACGGCGAGCAUUCGGUGGCGGCAGAGAACUCUCUGCGGUGCGGACUCUGCCGCGCAGUUGACCUCGCGAAGGCCCCGGUCGAGAUGCAGGACUGGUGCAAGCAACACGAGACCGAGUGCAUGUGGCAACAGGGCGGCAGCCUGGAAGGGCGAUGCUAUCCAGAGGAGAACCCGAUCCGCGAUGAGCAGGCUCGCUCUUUGACGGGUGGUGGCAACGAUGCGAGGCUGCGGGCGAGGAGACAGCAGGAGGCCUAG